AUGGGGAAGCAACAGGAGCAGCAGCAGCAGGAGGAGAAGCAGCAGAAACAACUACAGCAGCACCACGUCGCCCAGUUGGCUGGAGGUCUGAGGCACGGCGGCAGCAGCACAGACAAAGCGCCGUACGUCAAGGCGAAGUAUCACCUACUAUUGCUCUUCCCCUGCUGUUUCUGCUGCAUUGGCUAUGACCCCGAAAGAGAACAUGAGCGUUGCAACUACCAAACAAUCGACUUCAGGGAUCCAUUCUUUCGGGCCACGAACUGGAAGGCGGCGGCUCCAGCAGGGGUCCCCGCCCCUGAGACACCUCACCUUUUUCCUGCUAGCCUAUGGAUGCCAGCAGUGCCAGCGACAGCAGCAGCAGCAGCAAUACCAACAGUGUCUGCAACAGUAACGACUGCAGUGCAGCAGCAGCAGCAGCAGCAACAGCAGCAGCAGCAGCAGGGGUGA